AUGUACACAGUUUACAGAAGGAGUCAUAGCACUAGCAGUGUGAAAGAUGGAUCCUCUACCACUCUCACUGUGACAGGGCAGACCUGCAACACCAUCCAGGGAAAGGUGUCAGUAAACUCAUCCUGCCCCAACAAGGACACUGUCUCCCUGCAGUGUAUCAACUGUGGCCGGCAGCAGUCAUCCAGAAUCAUAGGGGGCUCUGCAGCGAAUCUGGGCAAUUGGCCUUGGCAAGUCAGCCUCCACUUUCAGGGCUUUCACACCUGCGGAGGCACCCUGGUGGCGCCUGACUUUGUGGUGACAGCAGCCCACUGCUUCCCCAGGAAGGACUCAUCGUACCUGGUGCCCAAUAACUGCAUGGUUUCUCAGACGAUGCUGCCUCUCCCUGAGAUGGUGGAGAAGAUCAUUGUCCAUGAGAGCUAUGAUGACAACACCAACAACUAUGACAUCGCCCUGCUUAAACUCACACAUUAUGUAGACUACUCCAGUGACAUCCAGCCUGUGUGUCUGCCUGCCUAUGACAAGACCGUCUCCCCUGGGACAGAAUGCUGGACCUCUGGAUUUGGGACAACAGAGGAGGGGGCAGACCGUGGAUCCACAAGUCUUAUGGAGGUGACUGUGGACAUUAUUGACUCCAGUGUAUGUAACAGAAACACAGUCUACAACGGCCAGGUCUCUCAGAACAUGUUGUGUGCUGGAGAUAUGAAGGGAGGCAAGGACUCCUGCCAGGGGGACAGUGGAGGUCCUCUGGUGUGUAAGGACUCAGACCAGCGCUGGUACCUGACGGGGGUGACCAGCUGGGGGGUAGGCUGUGGCAGGAGGAACAGGCCGGGGGUCUAUAGUCAUGUCAGCCGCCUGCUGCCCUGGGUCUACAGUAAGAUGCAGGAAGAGUAG